AAAUGAAGUGACGACUUAAGUAACAAUCAAUUAUGUAUUUUGGUAAGACAACAAUGCCAGUUACAGUUAAAACCCACAACGGGACAGCAACCCCUAAUUGUCAAUAAUGCUACGCGACGCUUCUUUUUAUUUACACAAAACGUCAGUUCAAAGCACUUGCCAGGACAUUUUGAGUGGUAGCCGACGCUGACCAAUCAUAGAGCAAAACAAUAAUUGUUUACAAAUUGUUAACACGCUGCUGCUGCUGCUGUUGCUGUUGCCCGAUGAUUGUCACUUUUGACACGUUACGCCCUCUCUCGCGGAAAUAUGUAUUUCUGGCUAUCCUCUUUGCUGCUUCGCUGCUGGGGCGUUAAAUAAAUAAAAACCACAAAUCAUGUUAACAUGUGAAGUGUCUUUGAUUUGCAUAUCAUUUGUCCUUUUUGCUUGGCUAUUGGCUAUAAAAACCGCCAAUAGUCCGACUAUCAAAGCUCAGUUUAUUUCGGAUUCCUGCUGGAUACAUGUCGCUACUCUCGAUUUAUAAUAACAACGCCUGCCAGGUGUGUGGAGAUCAAAGCUCUGGCAAACAUUAUGGCGUCUCCUGCUGCGAUGGCUGCUCCUGUUUCUUCAAGCGCAGCGUUCGCAAGGGCAAUCACUACGCCUGCAUUGCCAUCAAAGGCAACUGUGUGGUGGACAAGGCCCGUCGCAAUUGGUGUCCCUAUUGUCGCUUCAAGCGAUGCCUUGCUGUGGGCAUGAAUGUCGCUGCCGUGCAGGAGGAACGUGGUCCACGCAGUCAACAGGCGCACAAUCAUCAUCAUCCGCAGCAUCAACGCCAGCUGCAGCUUGUCUCGCCUCCUCCUCCGACUUCUCCGGGCGGUCAAGCGUUACACUUUCAAAUACUCGCCCAGAUUCUGGUCACUUGUCUGCGUCAGGCGAAGCUCAACGAACAGUUCCGUCUCUUGGCUCGUGAGCAGCAAGAUGUUAUCUUGCAGGUGGUCUGGAGUGAGUGCUUCAUACUGCGUGCCUCACAUUGGUCGCUGGACAUUAGUGCCAUGAUCGAAGGCUGUGGCGAUUCGCAACUCAAGUUGCUGCUCUCCGAGGCGCAGCAGAUGCGCGCUGAUGUCAUGGAACUCAAUUUUCUGGAGACGCUCAUCCUCAGUCGCAAAGAACUCGCUUUGAAUGCAGAUUAUGCGCUCAUCCUGGAGACUCAUGCCAAUGGGGCUCUUUGUGCCUUGGCUCGAUAUACUCUGCAUCGGUCGCAUUGGUUGCGUUUUGGCCAAUUGCUGUUGGGACUGCGACAACUUGGUCUGCGGCGUUACGACUGUGCAUUGUCUUGUAUGUUUCGCAAUGUUGUGAGUGAUAUUCUGAAAACGCUUUGA